CCCGGCGCGGUGCGGGGCCGUGCGGGGCCGUGCGGGGCCGGCGAUGCGGCUGCAGUGCGAGGUGGAGGUGGUCAGCCGGCUCCUGCCCACCUGCGGGCUGCGGGGCCGCGGCCGCGGCACCAGGGCGCUCCUCUCGCUCGGCCGCCCGCCCGGACGGGCGCAGGGCGGCGGGAUCUACCUGAUGGUGUGCACGGCGCGGGACCGGGUCGGUGCUCGUUAUAAGGUGCAGGAGAACAUCGAGCGGUUCUUCACCCGGUUCGUGGAGGAGGGCAAGGCCACCGUGCGGCUGCGGGAGCCCGCCGUGGACGUCUGCCUCAGCAAGGCAAAUGCCAGCAAGUUAAAGACUUUCCUUUCAGCCGUGAGACUGGCUCACCAAGGGGCCGACGCAGGAGCCCUCCCGCUCUCAGCGCUGGUACCAGCCAAGACCUCAGAAGUUGAAAAACCGAAGAGCAAAAUGAUCAUCACUUCCAGAAGGGACUAUCCCCUGACCAAAAACUUCCCUUACUCCCUGGAACACCUCCAGGCCUCCUACUGCAAACUUGCUCGGAUCGACACGCGGGUGCUUUGCUUGAAGAAGCUUCGAAAACUGGACCUGAGUCACAACCACAUCAAGCAGCUGCCUGCCACCAUCGGGGACCUGGUCUGUCUGCAGGAGCUCAAUCUGCACGACAAUCACCUGGAGUCCUUCAGUGGGGCUCUGUGCAACUCCACCCUUCAGAAAUCUCUUCAGUCCUUGGACCUCAGCCAGAACAAAAUUAAAGCACUUCCCAUUCAGUUUUGCCAGCUGCGGGAACUCGUCAGUUUAAAGCUGGAUGACAACGAGAUGAUCAGGUUGCCUUUCAAGAUUGGCCAGUUGGAUCAUCUACGCUUUCUGUCAGCAGCAAGAAACAAACUUCCUUUCCUGCCCAGUGAUUUUAGGAAACUCUGUCUUGAGAACUUGGAUCUCUUUGGAAAUCCUUUUGAGCAGCCUAAUCCACUUGUUCCCAACGUACAACUGAAAAUACCACUGACUUUAUUAGAGUGUGCUGCAAGAGCCACCAUAAAUUACAGAAUCCCUUAUGGUUGUCAUCUCCUUCCCUCUCACCUUUGUGAAGAUCUGGAAGUGGCUAAAACCUGCCAGUGCGGGAGGGCCUGUCUGAGCAGCUUCAUCCAGAUCACAGUGACCAUGAAUCUCCAUCACGUGGCUCACACCGUGGUCCUGGUGGAUAACAUGGGCGGUACAGAAGCACCCAUCAUCUGCUACUUCUGCUCCCUGGACUGCUAUUCCCAGUUCCUGGAUAGGCACCUGCAGAGUCAGGGCUGACAGUGGGUGCAAAAGCUCUGCCUGAAGUUCUGGCCAGUGACGGAGGAGCCUGAAAUCGUGUUUUUGCUUCUUUCCCACACGUGCUGUCCUGGGGCACUUGCUGGAGGUGGCACACGUCAGUCCUGCAGUGAGGGGACACUGUCAGCCUGAUCUGGUGGCUUGACUCUUCCUCUGCCACUAGAAUCUCUUUUUGGUUGGAGUAAAAAGUGAUGCUUAGCUUGAAAGACUCUUCCUUAGAAUGUAUUUUGGUUUUCCCUGUUCCUGUGACACUGUUGGGAGCAUCAUGACAGUUUUGCUUUGUGGCAUAAGUGGUUCCCUCUCACUAGGAGAAGGAAGGUGAGCACAGGUCAAACUGCUUUGCUCACGGGAGGCUCUGAGCUCUGCCUGCAGAAGACUCUCCUGACUGUACCACUGGGCUGGACUCUUCUUGACUUGUUUACUGUAGAGCAACAUGUCAGGCUGCUGUGAGAAGAAACUACAGUGUGAGCAGUUCAAAACUGAUCACAUCACUCCAGGUGCUCCUUUUUAAGAAGUUCUGUUACAGCAUUCCCACCUCAAGCAGGGACCAACACUGAUGGGUUUUUACCAGAGCAAACGUUUUUGGGUUUAUCUCUUUGUAAUACAAUAAAUGUCUUUUUUCUAGAUAUGUGACCUAAACUUUGUUUCUUAACUCUCACGUUUUAAAGAUUCUUGAAUUGUUCACUGUGUCAACUUAUUAAAUUUUGAAACCCUUCCA